ACUUACUCAGCAACUACCGAGAGAGAAAGAGAGCGAAUCAUUAAGUUCAUCUCCCGAAGAAGAAGAAGAAGACUUUAAAUUCUAUUUAAUCCCAUUCACCAAAAUCCACACACAACACUCUUGAAAACUGUAAAUUCAUUCACGAAUCCUACCUAGAAAUUCCAUUCAUUAGAAGCUGCAGAAAGAAGAAAAAAGAGCUCUUUUCUACUAGAUUCCUCAAAGUUCCCAUUUUCAAUUUCAGCUAUGUCGGUUUUCAAAACCCUAGCUUUUCUCUUCGUUUUCAGCUUCGAGAUUUACGUAACCAUGGCAGCUACUGCAGAUGCAAAUUCCUCGUUUUCCUUUGAUGGGUCUGUGAAAUCUCCGAGCUUUGACAAGAACGUUGCUCUGUUUGGAGAUUCUCAGCUCGUUAGUGGUGGUUCUUCGAUUCAGCUGACUGGCUCAGUGAGUCGGAGCCAAGGGAGAGUCCUUUACAAGAAACCCAUCAAACUCUUCCAAGAAGGUACUAAAGACAGAAACUUUUCAGGAUCGUUCUCCACUAGUUUCUCCUUCUCCAUGAUGUCUUCCGAAGAGAUUGGGAGUGUCCUGGCUUUUGUAAUGGUUCCAAGUGGUUUAGAUCUUAAGUUGUUUGGUAGAAAGGAUAACACUUCCUCUGGUCUAGGUUUCUUAUUGAAAAAGGAGAUUGUUGCUGUUGAGUUUGGUAUCUCCAAGAGAGGAAAUCGUGUUGGGAUCUUAGUUGGUAGACCCGAAUCUGCUAAAAUUAGAAACUUGUCAUCUUUUGAUGGCCAUUUCGAUGGAGGGAAGAGAUUGAAUUGUUGGAUUGAUUACGAGGCAAGCUCAAAGAGAAUAGAGGUUCGUUUGAGUGUUUCUACUGCUUUAAAGCCUGUAGAUCCAUUCGUGUCUUACUCACUAGACUUGGCUAAAAUAUGGAAAGAAAAGAGCUUCAUGGUGGGUUUGACAUCUGCAAAUGGAAACUCUUCCAAGCCACAUUAUCUAUAUUCAUGGAGCUUUAAGCUGAGACAUCCCUCGAUGAGGAUUCACUCGCAGCCUCUUGAUCCAAACGCAGUUUCCAAGACUGUUGAAGAGGUGGAUGUGAAGACGGUGGAAGUAAAGGGGAAAGGCAAAUGUAUUUGGAGAAUUCUUGGUGCGUUGGUUCUAGGUGCGGUUUGUGGAAGUCUAGGAGCGAUGUUAGCGUUAUACCUUUGGACAAUAUGCGGUAACAGGCAGCGGUCAGUGGCUGUGGUUCCUGAGGAUUGUGCUAAUGGAAAAUCAGAUAUCGUCGUGAUAAAAGCUGCAGCUGUUGUUGAUGAAGAAGGCAAUAAGUAGUUUGGUGUUUUCAUUAGAAUGUUGUAUGUCUUUUUUGUUUGUCUUGUAAAUUCUUUUGUCCUUCUGUUUGUUUGUUAGUUGCAGGUUCGUUGGUGAGAUAAGUUUUCACAUGUAGAAGAAUCUUACAAUAUGUAUUAAUUAAGAUCUUGAAU